AUUGAACAAUUAACAAUGUCUAAUCACCCCCAAUCCUAAUAGCCACAACAAUAACCUCAAGCUGCUUAACCCUUAGCAAGAACAGCUGCUCCAACAUACCCAAAUGCAGUGUUACCCCCAGCUUAUCCAAAUGCUUACUUGCCACCAUCAUACUAUCCAGCUUCUCCAGUUAGACAAUCUUAUGUGGCUCCAGUUUAAUAUGCACCAGUGGCCCAAGUGCCUGUUGCUCCUAUUGCCUCUGUUCCAGUUUAGCAAUACGCCGUUGCUCCAGUUGCUCCUGUUGCUCAAGUAAAUUUUGAAUUUAAUUUAGCACUAAUCAAUCAAAGGGGAAUCCAGAAUCGAAUAUGUACCAUACUAAAAAGCUGUCAUUGAAUAUGAAGAAUAAGAAGUCGUCUCAUAUGUUCCAAGAGAAACCAAAGUGACUGAUUACUAUGCUGUUGAAUAUCAAACAGAAUACAUCCCCUAAGUUUUCCAAGAGAAAUUUACCGGUAAUUUUAAUAUAUAUAUAAAUAAUAGAGUAUGUACCUGUCGAUAGAUACUAAGAAAGAGUUGAGUACUAUCCAGUAGAGAGAUAAGUUGUUCACUAAUAACCCACACAAUAUGUGCAAUAAGCUGUAUCUGUAGUUCAACAACCAUAACAAUAUGUCUAACAAUCUGUUCAAUAUGUCCCACAACCAGUUUAAUAUGUUCAACAACCAGUCCAAUAUGUUCAAUAGCCUUUGAUUGCAUCAAGAAUGGUUCCACAAUACGCCUAGCCUCUUCAAUAAUACCCUCCUGCUCCUGUAGCUAGACCUCAACAACCAUCUUAACAACCACCCUAAUCCCAUCAGCAAUCCCAUUAACCAUCCCAUUAACCAUCCCAUCAACCAUCCCAUCAACCAUAAUAGGUUCCAUCUCAGUAACCAAGAUCACAACCAAGCUAAUAAUAGCAAUCAUAAUAGCCAUGAUAUAUCAUUAUUAAAUAUUAAAAUACAUUUUGAAUUCCUG